AUGGCGCACAGCCUGGCAGAGUUAGACGUUCCGCUGGACGCUGACCAAGCCGGGGACCAAGAGAAAGGUGCGCUGAGGCGCUGCAGAGGACGACCCAGGCUCACGGACUCCGACCGAGCACAGAGGCGUCUGGAAUCCCGAAAGAAGUACGACGUGAGGCGCGUGUACCUGGGAGAGUCGCACAAGCUGUGGAGUGAGCUCCGCAGGAGGACCAGCCUGAGUGAUGCUGGACUGGCAGAGUACCUGAUCCUGCUGAACACCACCUACGGAGAGAAGUACCAGCAGAAGUACUGCGGGAAGAAGAUUGCUCCAGAAGAAGUAAAAGAGAAAAUAGGCGGGAAGGAGCGCGUGUCCAGCAUCCAGAGCCUGGUGUGCUGGUACCAGGACCACUCCGGCUCCUGCCCCCACGAGCCCCAGCUCAGAGCCCUGCAGCCUGAGCCCAACUCCUCCACCGCGGCUAUCUGGCGAUGUGACUCCAACCACUCGUUCGUGCAAUACCUUUUCUCACCACCGAGGGAGGCGAGUGACUCCGAGCAAGAGGGGGGGGCGGACGAAGAGAGCGACGAAGAGAGUGCGGCAGAAAAGGACGUGCCCGUGGCUAAAGGUGCGGGCAGCGGUGGCAGGAGGAGAAGGAAGGAGGCUCGCAAACACUUCAGAGAUGUGGGAGCAAAUGUGGAUGUCGCUGAGGUACAACAUGCAACCGUGAGUCCCAUAGAACGGGCUGCAGCUCUAGACCUCCAUCCCGGUAUUGAGGCCUCCUCCGUGGAUGUUCCACUGGCGGGACAGCCUGUCUGGGAGAUGGAGAUGGUCAUAGAGCGACAGCAAGGCUCCCCGUCAGCAGCCUUUCACUCCAUCCCCUCGGAGGAGGAGGAGGAGGAGGAGGGUGAAGAGGACGACGAGGCUGAGGAUCUGCGGCGAGGCAGAGACGGAGAAGAAGAGAUCAGGACUUAUGGAUACGAGUGUGUUGCCGUGGCGCCGUCACUAGCUAAUAAACUAGAGGGGACGGACGAGGAGAGCUUGAGCGGCUCAGCCGGACUGGGAGCUCAGCCGGAGCCGUCUGUCCCGCCGCCCAUGCAGGUAGAAGAGCACAGCGAGCUGUUUGACCCUCACACCCUGCAGACGGUGGUGACCAGCUGCGAGCUUCCUGACCAGAGGACCACUUUGGAAGGCUCACAGUUAAUUAUCAUCACUGGCCCCAGCUACGAGGCGCUGGCAUCAGAGGGCAUCCAGCUCAACAUGGGUGGCGGAAGCGUGGAGGAAGUCACUUGCACCGUCAUCGGGGGCGUCACCUACAAUCAGGUGUCUGAGGCGAAACUCAGAGCAGCAGAGGACGAGGACUCCAUGACAGGUCUGAGUGACAAACAGCUGCUGCAGUCCACCGAUGAUGCUUUGGAGCUGAGCAGUGACAGAGAGCUGCAGAGGGGUCUGAGCGGCGUCCGGUCAAAGAGAAACAGGCGAGGCCCGGUCAUCGAGGCGGAUGGGAUGCUCAAGAUGUUCCACUGUCCGUACGAGGGCUGCAGCCAAGUCUACGUAGCUAUUAGCAGCUUUCAGAAUCACGUCAACCUAGUUCACAGGAAAGGGAGGACCAAGGUUUGCCCCCAUCCAGGCUGUGGGAAAAAGUUCUACCUGUCCAACCACCUGCAUCGCCACAUGAUCAUCCACUCAGGGGUCAGAGAUUUCAUCUGCGAGACGUGUGGGAAAUCGUUUAAGCGGAAGAAUCACCUGGAGGUCCACAGGCGGACCCACACGGGAGAAACGCCACUCCAAUGUGAAAUCUGUGGCUACCAGUGUCGCCAGCGUGCGUCGCUGAACUGGCACAUGAAGAAGCACACCUCGGAGGCCCACUACAACUUCACCUGUGAGUUCUGCGAGAAGAGGUUCGAGAAGCUGGACAGUGUUAAAUUCCACAAGCUAAAGAGCCACCCGGACAAGCAGGCUACCUGAGGUGUCACGGACACGUGGUAGAUGGGAGCUAAACACGAACGGGGGUCGGCCCUCGGAAACCAAAGGAAGACUUCCGGUGAAGAGAUGGACUUUCCUUUGCUGUGUUUGUCUGGCCCUUUAAUGUCCAGGAUGAUACGAACAUCACCCGUGAACACACAGGCGGUGGAUAAAGAGGACCAGUCUGACGGCUGUGCAGGACACAAGCCGUCUCAGAGGACAGGGCCCAAACAGGGGUUUGGACAUAUUUGGUACAGCAAGGAAAAUGUUUAAUCCACUGUUGAUUAAUUGACCGUUUGGUUAACUCCUCCCCCGAACAGCUCAUAGCUUAACGACAAUAAAGGCACAGCAGUUCGGACUAACUUUUGAUUUCUACAAAUUUUGAAAGGGUGUGGAUGGCUUCAGUAAGAGCGGUACUCGGUGUAUAUUGUUUUACAAAACCCAAAUCACAAGAGCGAAAGAGUAAAGAAUGGAUUCAACAGUGUGAUUAUCGGCUGCAAACAUUAGCAUGGCCAGCUAACUAGCUCCCAACCUACAGUGGUAAUCUGUUAUUCCCUUCAAUGGCAGCUGUAUUUCACUGCAUGACUUUAUGGAGUUACAAGUUACAUUGAGGAAAGAAGCCCUGUUCAUAACUAGCACAUCCGCUGUGUAGUAAUGGGGCCAGUCCGGGAUGCUAUCAGAGUUAAGCUAACGUUAGCAGGAAAGUUUAUAUUCCAGCAACUCAAGCUAAACUUGUUAUCUGAGCUUGUUAUAGCGCUACAUUCACCAAACGCAUUGGCCUGCUUUCCUUAAUAAACCGGAUAAACUAAAAUGAUCAGUGCAAAUGUAGCAUAAAUCGAGGGGCCUGUCUUCAGGGUGCAGGAUUAGCAGCUAACGUUUAGCAGAGUUACGUUGGAACAAAAUAACAGCGUACACGUUUCCUUAUCAUACUUAAAAAAACUAUUAAUAAUAAGUUAUUCACUGCAAUGCUGUUACUUUAUUUCCAUGUCCUCUACAUGGAUCACCAGCUAGUCAGGGGGCUGACUUUUAGCUCGAGACAUGUAGUUUUAGUCUCAGUCUGUUCAUGUAUUUGGCCAUGACGGCGUUUUCAGCCACUUGUGUAGUUUACGUUAGCUGAAUUAGCUAGCUAGCUAGCUAGCGACAGCUAUCAUCUCAGCCGGCAAAAUGUAUGUUUGUCGGCUACAAAUGAGAAGCCUCCUCUUUUGUACCUGUGUCUGAAAUCAACAACCCGUUGUUUGAAAACAUUUGCUACGAAUUUUAAGGAGGGAAGUUAACAAACGGGCAAUUCAAAUUUUGAUAGAAAAUAUUUUCUAUCAAAGAAAACUUUUUUUGUAGAUCUUUUGUGUUCUGCAGUGAUGUAAGGGGCACAUCAUUCGAUAUUAAAUCGGUUAAAAAAUUGCAAAACACUGGUAUGGACCAUUAAUAAUGAAGUAUGACCUAAAUAUGAUUGCUGGGUUUAUCAAUACACCACCAAGAAAGAUUGUUGAUGACAUACAGGUGUGGUGGGUAAAUAUUAUCUACAUAUAAAUGUACUUGUAAUUAGGGCUGGGAAAUUGACGUCAUUGAGGUUUUUAGCGUUGUGCGUCAGCACUACGCUGCUCGUGCUGACGCAAAUAGAGGUUCUUCAAUUUCAGUUAU